GUGUCGCCACUAGAGGGCAGUGAGUCGCGGCGCUCGAUGGUGCUGCUGAAGUUUUCAAGAUGUCGUCGCUGGAGCAGAGGCUCUCCCGAAUCGAGGAGAAACUCAAGCAGGAAAAUAAAGAAGCCCGCAAACGAAUCGACCUGAGCAUCGACAUGAGCCCGCAGCGGACGCGUCCGAGGCCAAUCAUCGUGAUCCAGCUCAGUCCAGCUCCAGCCCCCUCCCAGCGCGCAGCUCUACAGUUACCAUUGGCCAAUGAUGGAGGAAGUCGCUCGUCUUCCUCAGAAAGCUCUCCUCAACACCCCUCGUACCCUAGCAGACCCCGACAAAUGCUCACACUUCCCACCCCACCCUACAGCCUACCGAAGAGCCUGGAGAAUGCUGAAAUUGAUCAGAAGCUGCAGGAAAUCAUGAAACAAACAGGUUAUCUGAAGAUUGACGGACAGCGUUACCCUGCAGAGGUGACCGAUCUGAUCAGUGAGGGGGAGAUCGGCAGUGGAACCUGUGGACAGGUGUUUAAAGUUCGCUUUAAGAAGACUUGCCAUGUCAUUGCAGUCAAGCAAAUGAGGAGGACGGGUAAUAAAGAUGAGAAUAAGAGAAUCCUCAUGGAUCUGGAUGUUGUGUUGAAGAGUCAUGACUGUCCGUACAUCAUUCAAUGCUAUGGAGCAAUAGUCACCAAUACUGAUGUGUUUAUCGCCAUGGAACUAAUGGGGACGUGCGCAGAGAAGCUGAAGAAGCGGAUCCAGGGGCCAAUACCAGAGGCCAUUCUGGGAAAGAUGACCGUGGCUAUCGUAAAGGCUCUGCUUUAUCUAAAAGAGAAACAUGGUGUCAUUCACCGAGACGUAAAGCCAUCUAAUAUCCUGUUGGAUGCCAAAGGGCAGAUCAAACUGUGUGAUUUUGGCAUUAGUGGCCGACUGGUAGAUUCUAAGGCCAAGACUCGCAGCGCCGGAUGUGCUGCCUACAUGGCGCCUGAGAGAAUAGACCCUCCAGACCCCAGUAAGCCAGACUAUGACAUCAGAGCUGACGUCUGGAGUCUCGGCAUUUCUCUGGUGGAGCUAGCCACGGGACAGUUUCCUUACAAGAACUGUAAGACAGACUUUGAGGUCCUUACCAAAGUUCUGCAAGAGGACCCGCCGGUCCUUCCUCUCAGCAUGGGCUUUUCCCCUGACUUUCAGUCCUUCGUCAAAGACUGCCUCACAAAGGAUCACAGAAAAAGGCCAAAAUACCACAAGCUGCUUGAACACAAUUUUAUCCGUCGUUACGAGGUGUCAGAAGUAGACGUGGCGGGCUGGUUCCAGACGGUGAUGGAGCGCACAGAGUCUCCUCGCAGCAGCCAGUGCUUCAACCAUCACCAGCUCCACUCUCUCUUCAGCAGGUAGCCAGGUGGAGAAUGAGAGAAACAGAGGGAUGGUGGGAGAGAAAGAUUGAUGCGAUUGUGAAAGGUUGAUUUAGAGACACAGAUGGACAGGUUUGAAAUAUAAAUUAUGUAAACGAGAAAGACAGGAUGGAGUGGAAAUGGACUGUUUGAGCGAUGGCUGAAACAAAAGAGAGAAUGUUCAUUUGGGAGUUUGACUGAUCGACAGACAAUCCUGGGCAGGUUUGAUGUAAAUCUGAAAUAUUUUUGUCCUACUCAUCCACCCAUCGAACAGGAUGGACCAUUACAGGUUGCAGUCUAACACGGUCACUGUGACACACGCGCACACACAGCAACACACUGUUUCACCAAAUCACUGACCGCCAUAUAAAGGUUAGCCGCAAGACUAAGCGUACAGUCCAUUCACUUCAAAAUCCAAAUCCACAUGUCAUGAAGUCCUCCGUAGCCCCUUACUCAGGGACUGAACAGAGUAGUCGAACAACACUGUGCAAUGGUGUGCGAGUGUGUGUGUUAUUCAUUCAUCAGUCCUAGCUCUUCACUUCCUUGUACGGUUUAAGCCAUUAGGCGAAUCUAAGAAAAUAGCAAUUAGCAAGAUAAUAGCAGUGUGAUAUAUCAAAAACUAUGUUUUAUAGAAGCGUUCUUUUGCUAGCAAGCAUCAGCAGAUAUUUCAGUCAUUGUAACAUUAGUGAUUCUUAGUCGUAAAGCUUCUAAUCCUUGGUGUUUAGAUUGUUAUAACUAGUUUGGUCUGGAAUUUCAUGUAUUGAAGUAGAUAUACUGGCUAAGAGAGAAGGUUGUAUAUUAAGAUAAAACUAGUGGUUGACCGAUAAGAUGAAGUGUGUAUCCCAAUUUAAUAUGUAGAAACAACUAUAAAUGACCCAUUUUUGUUUUUCUGAAAAGAUGGCUUAGUGACAUUGGUUAAACCAAAGGUGUCAAGCUGCUUUGACCGAUGGCAGAUCGAGGAAAUGUUCAGGAAAACCUGUGUGAAAAUGUUGUUAUAAUGUCAUCGGUCUUAGUGUAAAUCCGUUAUGCUAGUCAUUCAGAAAUUACAGACUUACAUUGACCGAUGACGAUAUCUUGAAACAAUUCUGUUCAUCGGCCAAUAACGAUAAUCUCCAAAUGGCCAAAUAUUGAAUUCUGUAUCGGUCUAUCACUAAAUAAAACACAAAAAAAUUAGCACAGAAUAUGUAAAGUUGUACACAGUGCACAUCUCAGGAAGACCAGUGUUAGAAAUGGGUAUAUUAACAAGAUUUAGCUGUAUGUUUCAGUCUUUGAGUGCGAGGAAGACACCAGUCAAGUCACCAAAAGCAAAGAUGAGAGAUGUUGUCAUAGUCACUCAGAGUGGUGUUGAGAGACAAGCGGGGAGUUGGAGUUUGUGCAGUGAGAGCGGAGCGUUUCCUCCACAAGAAACAUAAAAAACAGCUCGUUUUGUGAGUGGAACAUUUCUGCUCUGAUUCACCCGACUCAUCUACCCAGACAACCGUUCAUCACUUCAUUCUCUUCACUGUUCUCAUUUUCCCAUGAGCAUUUGAGUUCCUGCAAACCAAAGUUUAGUUUUUUUGACACCGUUUUUUUUUUCCUUUCUGUUGUUCUCAGAGGAUUUCAACUCCUGCUCGUGGGUCGUGCUGAAGAUGUUCAGUGACUUUCACAACCAAAGCUGUAGAGUUUGAGAUUCACUGCUUUAAAAAGCCAAAUCACUGCUAAACUGAGUGAGAAACUGUGCGAGAAGUAAGAAAAUAUGACUAAACGAAUCCACAAAGAGAGAUUUAGAUGGUAACUGUAUGUUGAGACAGGAAGUAUGGUGUUGUAUAAGGGACUGAAGAAAGAGCAAUGAACGUAGCAGAGGAAAAUAAGAGAAAAGCAUAUAGAAAGUAUUAAAGAAAGUCUCCAGUGAAGUCUUAUAGAUGUUUAGAGAGGUGUUGGUUGUUUUCUAGAUCGCUAGCUGGACGUUGCAUAAAAGCUUUCAAUCGUUUUAAACCAAUGUACCAAUUUUUAUUUUUUUUAGGGUUAUGUCGUUUUUCAUUAUCCUCGAAACUUUGUUUGUUAUUACUAUUAUUUAUUUAUUAUCUUGCUGCUACUGUUUACUUUAGAUGCUGCUGUCGACGAUUAUAUUCCCCAAAGGAAAAUCUUUUUUUCUUGAUUUUUUUUUUUUUCUUUUUCUGAACCAAAUGCAUAAAACACUGCAAUGUCUACACAUUUACCAAAUGCAUUGUUGUGAUCCUUUAAAAGGAAAAGAGAAAGCAAGCAAGGUAACGAAGUAAAUAUAUAGACCUAUAUCUAUAUUUAUAUCAGAAUAGUUUGCUUUUGAAACUGCGCCACUAUGCCAACUCUCACAAACAUCACCAUUCACUGUACUAAUAAGAAUGACUUCAAGUUAUUUGAACAAAAUAACAGACACCAGCUGGUAAUGUUUAUAUAUAUAUUUGAGCUAGAUUUUCUUCGUCGCACCGUUAGCUGUGGGUCACGCAGGCAGAUAUGUUUGUAAUUGUCCUCCUGUGUCCGUCCUGCGGUGGAUGAAUUCAUGAGUUCUUUAAAUGUUUUAUGCUAAUGUGUUAAUUAAACACAUUUUUAGUCAAGGAAUUCUGUAUAUUUUAGUGCAAUUUUUUAAAGUCUGUUUUACAUUGAAUCAGAUUGACAAAUCAGUCAAAAGAUCAGAAAACGUCAAAUGCUUUGUUUUUUCCAACACUAUAUACUAUAGCAAUGAUCUGUAACUGGUUACCUCCCAAUAGUUUCUUCACUCCUUAUAGAUGGCAAAUAGAAUUUGGAGUCUAACAGGACUCUCAACAUCAACUUAACACUGAUUUCCUGUUUGGUUGAUGUUCAUCACGGAUACUGUGGUACCUGUCUGUCUGUCUGUCCGUCAUUCUCUCAGUAGACCUUAUAGAUAUGACCGCAGCAUUACACACCAAAGGUGUCAUCAAUAAAACUCAUUCAAACCAGUGGCGUUAUUCUGAGGACCUCGGAUGAGGGACAUACAGCUUCAUGAAUGUAAUUUCCUGUGAGACAGUAGCGGGUCACCCUUCACUGUUGAGGUUUUAUUUUGGUCACACACACGCGCCUCUGGAAAUAUGAUCCGAGAUGCUAAUCUAUAUGGUUUAUGCUUGGUUUAAAGUGUACUUCCAUUCACUGUUUUCUGGCACUAUUUUAAUUUGUGAUUUUAUUUUUUUUAUUUGCUUUCUGAAAUUAAAGCAUCAGUUGUUUAUAUAUGUGUGUGUUUUGAUGAUCUGAAAUAGGUGUUUCUGUGAAUGACAGAGAUAUUAAACCCAUUUCUGCCGACGGUAGUCGUACACGUCCUGAACACCAAAUGUUGUUAACUAAACCAGUGCGUGCUGCUGUUACAUUAGUUAUUGUUUAUAUGAGUGUGUGUGUGUGUGGCAGCAUCACUGGGAUUUUUGGAGUGUGUGCUCAGACGUGUACUUCGCCAUCAUGAUGUUUGAGUCUAUUACUUUUUAAAAUUGUUAUUGUUAUUAUUUUGUUAAAUUAUCAUGAUGUCCCAUCUGUAAUUAAACCAAAUACUCACUAUGCAGUCACUCAAAUUAAGUCCGUUUGCAUUUUUCCCUGUAACUUCCUGUAUACACACACACACACACGCACGCACAACUACUGGAGUCUCCAUGACAAGCGAGUGAAUAUCACAUCCACAGCUAACAUGGAGACAGAAUUAAUGAUCAAUAGAGAGUGUUUUCUGUUGUAUGAGCUGACAUAUUUAAGGAUUGUAUGGGAUGGGGUGGGUGGGAUGUGUUUGGGGUCAGAUUCGACGGAUGGUAGUUUGGAGAAAUAGUUUGUUCAGUGCUGUUAGUAUAUCAAUUGCAUGUUAUGAUCUCUGAAGUAACUGCCAUUGAUUUUACAUUUUGUUUUGGGUUGGAGGGGGAGGCGACUCAUAAAUGUUUUAUCUAUAUAUAUAUAUAGUAUACAGUAUAAUACUGUACCUUUUUCCAAAUGUUGUGUUUUUAGAAAAAGACACACUUUUGCCUUUUUACGUCUGACUUUUUGAUCUUAAUACUGAUUAUAGAAUUUUUACUUUUAUCAUUGUUGGCUGAUUUCAAGCUGAUCUUGUUAAUGACGUUGUAUCAUUUGUAUCGAUUCUUGACCUUUUGUUGUCUUUGUGUUCUAAUGAUCCAUGAAUGAGUGCUGAAAGAGGUUUUUGCAAGACCUUGUGUCUUCAGAUGUUAGAAAACCAAAUGUCUGUUAUUUUGGUCUAUGCAUUUUGGUCCUUUGUAACCAUUUAUUUCAACUUUGAAUACAAAUACCAUUUUGUUUGCUCUUAUUACAGCUGUUAUCACUAUUAUCUUCAGGGUUAAGAUCACACCAAAUUUAGAGAAAAGUGGGACAUAUUGUGAGUUGUUUCAAAAUGUUAUGUUUCUGGUGAAUGUUGCAUCAAAGGUGUGUCUUUUUCUGUUGAAGCAAAGCAAUCAUUUAUUGUUCUUUUUAUUUUAAUCUUUUUUUUUUUUCAGAGCUGUUAUUAGAGCCCUGAUUUGCUGUAUGGUUACAAUGUGUUAUGUUGAAAUCUCACCAUUUUUAGCUGCUGUUGCACUGGAGGAUUUUGUUAUUAUUAAAUCCAUGUAGUUCACCAGAUUCUAUUUAACUGAUAGAUGGCGAUUAGAAAUGUUUAAACCUACUAAUUCUGUUUGAUGCGGCCUUUGACAUGCUGUUCAAAUCAAAAAGAACCAUUUGUUGGCAUAUUUCAACAGCUUGAAAAAUAUAUUGCAAAAAUUUGAAAUUCUUUGUGCCAACAAAUUUAGACAACCUUAUAUGUUCUCCGGUAUUUGGAUAUAUGAACGUUAUAGAAUAGGAUUCAAAGCAUUUAUUGUCAUAUAUAGAUAUGAUGAAUAUAGAUAUGAUGCAACAUUUUUGCUAACUUUUUGGGAUUACUUUGAUUGAAUCUAAGAUAUUUGAUGUGGUAUGUUAAAAAUAAGACAACUACAACAGCCAGGCACAAAUAAUGUAGCUUGUCUUUGGCUAAUUUUUUUUAUUAUAUAUAUACUUCUAUUUAUUUAGCUUUUUUGGGGUACCAUCUUACAAAUAUUAUAUGUGGAGCAGAAGUAUCCCAAUCUGUUGUAUUGUAUUGAAAGACAGCCAUCACAGUUUUAUCAGUUUGAUGUCCCCCCUUCCCCACUUUAUUUGUUGUUUCCUCAUUUCAAAAGAAAGAAAUGCCAUUAUAUUGUGAAUACCUCAGGAUUUUUUUUUCUUUUGGGAAAAAAUUUUAACUUUCAAAAACUUAAAACAAAUAAAAUACAAAAAAAGUG